UGCUUGCGAAACGUUUUGUAGACGAUGUGGCAAGCGUGUUCUCGACAGCGUGAUUUUUAAAGUUCUGCAGACGACGUAUUUUCUUCCUGUUUGUCCCCACCGCCUGCUUCUGCAUAAGUGUCAACCGGAAAUGAUAUCUGUAAUGAUACCUGAGGAAAAAAGCAAGCUAACGAAAGACAGUGUUUUUAACAUUAUAUGGUACUUUGAGGAAUCAUCAGCGAUUUACGGUGUCACAGAUGACGGAGAAAAAAAUGUAUUCGAAUUUGAACAUUUUCAAACUCAUACUGUUAACACAUCUUCGUCAGAUGUACAAAAAUUUAUUCUGCGAAAACUAUUAGAUAUAGAUUUCAAAAUUUCGAGAAUAUUUCACCAACAAAAUAUUGCAACGACAACAUUAAAUGAUAUACAAAACCAGAUAAAAAUUUUUACCCUAGAAGAUAAAUCAGAAAAACGAAUUUCGGAAGUUGAUUACAUGGAAUUUUUUCCGUUAAAAACUGUGGAACACUUAGAGAAAAUCGCAAAAUUAAUAAUGGAGAACAAAAUCAAUUGUAAAGCGUUGAUUAUUGAACUAUCACGAAUAGGAGGAACAGACAUCAAAUCCCUUACAUUUAAUAUAUUGCGAAGAACUUUAAGUGAUCCAGUUGCAAGCUUAUUUAGUUACGUUGGUGGGAAAAAAAACGUUCCUUCUUUGAUUUGCAUUUAAGAAGUAUUAUAAUUGGUGCUGUACGAAUUUAUUUCCCCGACGCAACUGAACAAAUUAUUUCAGUGCCUGUUAAGUCUUGGUUAAGACAUGCAUCAGAAGGUAACGAAAGAAAUGUGAAUAAAAUGAAAAAUGUGUAACAUGUUUCGGAACAAGAUGACCAAGAUGACGCUAGUUUAUCGGAUUAAGCCAAAUAUUCAUGUUGUUUGAUGUUAUUUUUGAUAUAUUCUAUUCGAUAUCUAUUACGGGUCCCAGAAGCAUCAGCCGGAUUUAGACAAGAUUAUUUUAGAGCGAAGUUGGAAGAACAACCUCUCGAAGAUCAUCAUCACGCUGGUAGCGUAGAAAAAUAGCAAGUAGGUUCUUGGAGUAGCGCGAAUUGAUGACAGGCUGUAUUCGACGGUCGGUUGUCAUCCGACGCGAUGCAAUAAAUAUGAGGAAUGCGACAAUCCAGAGGAGUACCUGAAGUCGUUGUCGGACCUGUCGUUAAAUAACAAGGACAAGAUCGUCGCGAUCGGCGAGAUGGACUUGGAUUACGACAGGUUGAAUUUCUGUCCUAAGGAGACCCAGAAGAAGUAUUUCGAGCUGCAAUUGUUGUGCUCGACGUUAAUGCUACUAAUGUUCCUGCACUGUCGCAACGCCAGUGACGACUUCAUGUAAAUCCUGAUGAAGCACAAAAACGAAUUGACGGCGGGCGUCGUGCACUCCUUCGAUGGUAAUCCUAAAGAUGCGAAUUCCAUACUACAAUUAAGCUUGUAUAUCGGUAUCAAUGGAUGUUCGUUGAAGACAGAGGAAAAUCUUUUCGCGAUCACUACCAUUUUCGCAAACAGACUCGUGAAAGAGACCGAUUGCCCGUGUUGUGAAAUCAGAGCGACGCACGCGUUUGCGAAUGAUGUUAUCACGAAAUUUUCGUUUGCAAAUUGAACUUUAUGAUUCAUGUGUAAGUAAAAGUUUUUGAUUGUGAUACAACAAUAUGUAUGUAGUCUCUCACUGAAAGUCACAAGCACAACAUCUAUUCGUGAGAUACGAUCCAAGAAGAGCACGCAUCUUUCCGUUUAUUUCUUUUCCCUUCAUCUGUGACUGAAAAUCUGACCAUCUUACAAUAAUCGUUAUUGACAAGGAAAUUAUUUUUCACAUCGGACUUCCUUACAUUCUCGCCUAUCAACGUAGAACUUGGACACAAUAAAAACAAGACACCGUCACAGCAUUUUUGUUUAAUCUGUCAUAACUCUUUUCACUUUUAUUUAUAUUUAUAUUUUGUUAUUUACUCACAUUUUUAUUUAUUUAUUCUAACUGCGUGUUCACUUCUUGGAUCGAAGGCUCACAUGAGGCUCCUGUAAUUCGCGAUAUUAUUAUUUAAUUUAUCUAUUUUUAUUUGCGGUUUCUCGUUUGUUUUUUAUAAGAAAAUGUUUUUCACUGAUGAAGGCUCUGUGUAGCACGAAACGCGUUUGAUUUAUGUAUUAAUAAUGUUUAAAGGAAUUUUUGACUCUUCGUUUGAUUAUAAUAAUUUAUAUGUAUUAAUCCUAUUUUGAAUAAACCUGCCCGUUAUAGGCCUAUUUGUCUUAA